AUGCGCGCCGCCCCCUCCCCCCUGGGCGCGCCCCGCGUCCCCCUCUCCGCGCCACCGCUCGCCGCCGCGCGCCCCUCUGCCCUCCUGCCCCACCGCGCCGCGCGCCGCGUCGCUGCGCGCGCGGCGACCCCGGACGACCCCCGCACCCCCACGCCGCUUGCCGGCGGGCCCGGCGGCAUUGGUGGCGGGCCGACCGGCGGUUACGGCGGCCGUGGUGGCGGCGGCGGCGGCAGCGGCGGCUCCGGCGGCUCCGGUGGCGCUGGGGGUGGCGGCAACUUCGGAGACAACUUCCCCAAUGGCGGCCCCGGCAAGGGCGGCCCCUGGUGGAACGACCCUACCUACUGGGUCGGCCUCGCCCUGGGCGCCGCGCUUGCGCUGCCCCUAAUCAACGGCCUCAGGGAGGGCCGCGGGCCCCACCGCCAGGACAAGGUGGAGGAGGGAAUCGACAGGACCGCAGAUGCCGCCAAGGACGCAUACCGCAGCACCAAGGGCGUGGCUAAGGGCGCCAAGGGGGCCGCGUCCAAGGGGGCCUACGAGGUGGUGGGGGCUGCUGAGGUGGCCAAGGAGGAGACGCAGGGUGCCCUGGGCGCCCUCAAGCACCACACCGUUGAUCCCGUGGCAGGGGCCGUGAGCGGCGCUGCCCAUGCUGUUGGUGACAAGGCCGCGCAGGCCAAGGACGCCGUGCUGCACAAGGCGGAGGACGUGCGCCACGGCGCCCACGACGCGUACGUAGACACUGCCCACGCCGGCAAGAAGGCCGGCAUCAAGGCCAGGACAGCCGCCGAAGAGACUGAGCACAAGAGCCGCGGCUGGGUCGCCCGCCUGUUUGGCCGUGGCAAGCACGCGGCGGAGGACGCGCGGCACGCGCAGCGCCAGGCCGCCAUCGACGCCGAGACGGCUGCUGCGGAGGGCAAGCAGAAGGCCAAGGGCUUUGGGGCGCGCCUCUGGGGCCGCGGGGAGGAGGCGGUUGAUGAUGUGGAGCGCAAGGCCUCCAAGGCCAAGGACAAGGGGCGCCACGCGGGCAAGCAGGCCUCCAUCAGCGCCGACAGCGCCAGCCACCGCGGGCGCGAGGUGACCGAGGGCGCACGCGGCAAGCUGGCAGGCGCUGCGAACAGCGUCAAGGAGGGUGUUGGCGCCGCCGCCGGCAAGGUUGGUGCCGCGGGCCGCGCGUUUGGUGAGAAGGUGCAUGAGGCCGGCGAGGAGAUUGAGGAGGCUGCCUCCAGGAACCAGACCGCGGUGUACACAGCUGCGGGCGUGGCGGUGGGCACGGGCCUCCUGACGGCGCUGUACCUGGCCACCCCCAAGGAGACUAAGGACCGCCUUAAGGGCAACUUCAGGAGGGGCGCCGAGAAGGCGCGUGACGGAGCGAGGAACGCGGUGCGCUCCGCAAAGGACGGCGUGAACACCGCUGUGGACAAGGUGCAGGGCGGCCUCGAGUCUGGCAAGCAGGGCACCCAGUCAAACCUUGAGAACUCCAAGGACCCGGCGGUCAAGGGCAUCGACAAGGCCGAGCGCAACGUCGGCGGUGCUGUCGACGCUGCCAAGAGGGAGGUUGACCGCGCCCGCCCCCGCUAA